UGGCGCACGACCAAACAGGCACAUGAGCCACCGUAACAGCAUCGUCGUGAGGCGUCAAUUCUUUCCAGGACAGUCCAGCAUACAGCCUGGAAUCGUCGUUGAAACGACUGUGUUAGAUGGCACAUACAUGUUCUGGGCUGGGAUCUGCGGGAGCGAAGAAGAGGUGCCGACCGCAAUUGAAGCCGGGAGAUUAGCCAAAGACUGGGCAGUAGCGAUGCCACCCGUGAACGGUGAAAGCAGCGCAACAGCGUUGUUUCGUACGUCCGACAACGAUGCAACGUUAUCGAUGGCCGUCAGACUGGCGAAAAGACUGAAAAGUCAGGUAUUCGUGUCGUUAGAUGUCAGCGGAGCUGAGGCUGUAUUGGCUGAAAGGAGGAUUGUUGCUUCUCUUGAGAGUCGUGUAUAAGGAGUAGAGUGAUCAAUGAAGUCACAAACUGGGAGUAAUAAUCAGAACGUUACCCAACUCCGUCCUUAUGGACAACGACUUUGACCUGCCGCGGUGGUCGUCACAAGUGGACCAUGGGCUCAACGCACCACACAACUCCAGCCUAAAUGGCCCGUUGUCUUCGACGGCGGCAGCGGCUAGUGCUGCGCAGGCGUCGUACUACCGAGAACCGCCACCAGGGUCAUCGCAAUCCAUCGCUCGUUCACACAGCCUUGGGGGUGCUUCCGCCUCGGCUCGUCGACGACACCACAACCAGGAGGAGCUUGACCCCUCUUUCUAUCCUCACUUUAACGACUCCAGCAAUGGACAGAACCAGUAUCAACCUCAAUCCGAUCCCAUGUAUUACUCCAAACGCGCUGAGCCUCCACGCUCACCCCUCCGCACCCCGAAUUCGGCGCUGUUGGAUCCCUACGCACACCAGCAGGCGCAAUACUCACCGUCCACACCGCAGUACCCGUACGGUCCUCCGCAAGCCGAGCAGCGCGGAUAUACGUCGUCAAAUCCUCAGACCCACAAUCGCACGCUUUCGCAGGUCAAGGCGGAGCCCGGUACACCUUACACGCCGAACUACAACCAGGGCAACCAGUAUCUUGACCAGCUUCCUCGCCAAGGAUCGGUGUCGAAUCCGUCAACGCCCCUCUCGUACCUACACCCGUCCCCAGGCUAUUAUACGCCGGAUUCGGCCAUGGCUGUCGACCCACCUCCCCAGAAACGACGAGUUCCCGGGUUCAGAAGGAUUCGCGGGGCCCACGAUCUCCAGCCACGCACGGAUAUUCCAGCAACGAGCCGUAGGAUGGCCGCAGAUGGGACCUACCUGUCGCCUCUGCGACAACUGACGACGAAUCUCAUUGAAACCUUCCACAUCUGCAACCCGCAAUUUCGUUACGAGUCGGCCCACAAUCCUCGUCGUGUGCUAACAAAGCCGAGCAAACCCAGCCACAAUGAGGGUUACGACAACGAAGAUUACGAUUACAUUCUCUACGUCAACGAUUGGCUGGGCACCGAGGAUGGCCACAAGUACUUGAUUCUGGACAUCCUUGGCCAAGGCACCUUUGGGCAAGUCGUCAAAUGUCAAAAUAUGAAGACCCACGAAGUGGUGGCGGUCAAAGUCGUAAAGAACAAGCCUGCGUACUUUAACCAGAGUAUGAUGGAAGUGACUAUUCUCGAAAUGCUGAACAAAAAUUCCGAUCCCAACGACCAGCAUCACAUCCUCCGACUUCGUGAUUCGUUCAUUCAUCGUUCACAUCUUUGCCUGGUUUUCGAGCUUCUGAGCUCCAACCUGUACGAGUUGAUCAAGCAAAACCAGUUCCAGGGUCUGUCGACACAACUGGUCAAGGUCUUCAUGGCCCAGCUGUUAGACGCGAUGACUGUUCUCAAAGAGGCUCGGCUUAUCCAUUGCGAUUUGAAGCCGGAAAAUAUUCUCCUCAAGAGCCUGCAAUCGCCGCAGAUCAAAGUCAUCGACUUUGGCAGCACGUGCCACGAGCGGCAGACGGUAUACACCUACAUCCAGUCGCGCUUCUAUCGCAGUCCCGAAGUACUGCUUGGGAUGCCAUACACGGCCAGCAUUGACAUGUGGUCCCUGGGUUGCAUUGCGGUUGAGCUGUUCCUCGGUCUUCCGCUCUUCCCGGGCACGAGCGAAUACAACCAACUGACUCGUAUCGUGGAGAUGCUCGGUCUGCCGCCGGCUUCGAUGAUGUCUACCGGGAAGCAGACAACCCAGUUCUUCGACUCACAUGAUCAAUUCAACCCGACGACUGGCCAGAACGAGAAGAAAUGGCGCUUGAAAAGUCUCGAGCAGUAUUCUCGGGAACACGGGACCAAUGAACAGCCUGGAAAGCAGUACUUCAAAGCCAAUACGUUGCCAGAGAUCAUCAACACAGCGCCGAUGCCUCAGACCAAGACCGGAAGAACUCACGAGGUGGAGAAAGAACUCAACAAUCGAGCGGCCUUUGUCGACUUCUGCCAAGGGUUGUUAGAUCUGAAUCCUGUGACCCGAUGGACGCCCCAGCAGGCGCGUUUACAUCCUUUCAUCACCGGUGAAAAGUUUGUCAAGCCGUUUGUGCCUGAUGGGCUUGCUCCACCGGCCCCGAUUGCACCAGCCGUUGUCGACCCGAAAAGACCGUACGGCGGUUUGGUGCCCUCGCAACCCAAAGGAACCCGGGCAUACACCGACGCCGCGAGCUACAAUCACCAUCUCGGCCAACACCAAGCGUACACUGCGGCACAACAAGCCCAGCAAAAUCAAGCUGGAGCAUUCAGGAAUCCGUACAUGACACCGGCUAGCAGCCAACAACAGAGCCAGCUCAGCCAGUCCCAAUCGAACUACCCGUCGCCGCCAGAGAAUAGUUACCAAGGUCAAGGCCAGAGCCAGGUGGGCUCCGGGUACUCGCUCCCUCCGUCCGCCAAUCAUCGUGCUAUGGUCGCCGCCGGCAGCUACUCUGGUUCCCCACAGACAGCAGCAAACAACGCGUCGUACUAUCCAGCUGCGACUGCAAACGCACCACCGCAAGCUCAAUCCCAGUCGCGUGCGCGCGCAAAUACCAUCAACAAUCAGUUGGAUCCAGUCCCGCCGGCGUUGGCCCGGUUGAGGCACAUGAAUGAAGAUGUGAUCCAGGGCAGGAAUGCCUUGACUCCGGUCCUCAAUCGGGACGAUGCGAUGCAAGAAUGGGAGCGACGACAGGCUGGUGGCAAGCCUGCUGCGGCUGUGCCGUAUCCCCAACUCGAAUUCUUGCAGCAACAGGCAGAACUGGUGGCGAGCGGGAAUCUGGCUGCUGGCGGGCAGCCGAACUGGAGUAGAUACCAGCCCCCGACAUCGAAGCUGGCCCAUGUUUACCAGCCGGGAGAAACCGACGAGACUUCCGUUCGGAGGGAUGUGGUGAUGUCGAACGUUCGGUCCGCUGCUGCUGCAGGACGGGCUGAUUCUAGUCCAUAUGGGUCUGUUGCCCCGAUCACCAGUCCAGCGCAGGCUUAUACGAGCGGUGUCACGACGUCAGGCAACCGUUACGCAGCAACAUAUGGGCAAGGUGGCCCGCCCCAAGUCAAAGGUCCGCCGUCGCUACAACCUGCCCAGUCCAGCCAGUCCAGCCAAGGAUUCGAUGCCCGUGCUGAUAUCGGUGGGUUGUUCAUGCCGAUGCAGCCCGACCAGUUUCAGCCGUACUCGCCCGGUGGCGCCCCUCGGAUGGCCGGGAACGUCGUCCCCCCAGCCCAAGCGGUGCCGCCCUCCUUCUACGGCUCGGGUGUACUCCCCCCAGUCGGAGCGGCACGCAAUCCGUUUGGACAAGAUCAGCAGCAGCAGCAGCAACAGCAGCAGUUGGGCUCGGUUAUGAAGGAUGGCCGUAGAGCGAGCAAUGGGGCAGGGGACUCUUGGCCGAGAUAAUCUUGUUGUCUAAAUCAUUACCUUUUCAUCCAUUUCUCUCACUCACUCACGCACUGACUUGUGAGCCAGCCUCGCAGCUGUAUAUAUUGUAAACGACAUGAUCUUUGCAGCAAUGUAUACUCCAUCCACAGCGGGGAUUCCUGCGUCGAGUCUAUUCCAGUCUAUGCCAAUGUUUUGAAGACCUCUUCGACUUCCCAGGCUCCUGUCCAGUAUUUGACGGAACACUUGAGCCCGCCGUCCCUCGCGAUCCGCUUGUGAAGGCCUCCGAACGUGCGACAGAGAAGCAAAUCUUGACUGCAGUCCGAAUUACUUCGCUCCCUUGACCACCGAAUAUCAAGUCGGCUUACCUGCGCAAACGGAGUGCCGGGCAGAAGUCGUUCGAUCCAUCUCCAACAUAGACGACACGGUCGAACGUGGGCUCAUGUCUCGCAUAAAAGGUCUCAAGUUCCUCCCCUAUUCGAGACAUCAGUGACUGGCGACGCAAACGAGGUGUGCACAACCUUUGCACAUAUUCGCACUGCAACCGACCGUGCAGGCAUGCUGAGGACCACUAGGGUCAACGCGCCGCCGGAGAGCGAGCAGACCCGUUUCAGUCCACUCUGCCGGGUUUGUCACAAUUUCUGUGAACAUCGACUCGAGGCCUUGCUCCUGAUGAACAUGAUGCGUUCGUAAAUAUUAUUCGGUGGGUCGCGUAGAUAGCCUCACCUUGAGAAUGGUCGAGAUGUAGAUCGAGUUGGCAUUGGACAGGCAGAAAAAUGUCGUUUUUCCACCUGCAUUGAGGUUUUUGAUAGCACGGACCAUGGCUGGAUGCUAGGAUCGCAUGUGAGUGUAGAACUGGGGAGAGGAAAGAUAACAGACGAAUGGCAUGAUCCGUAACGCAUUCUCCAGCUGUUCGCGUGUGACACCACGCGCAUGUGCAUCGCGAAGUGCUUGCGCACUUUCGCACUCAUCGAUGAGAAGGACAGCAGCGCAGAGGGAACGCAGGGUGGCCGUACAUCAUAUCCGUGAACUGGAUCCCUCCCUCGUUGUCCUCGAUCCAGCGCCGGAUCUCAGGCGCGUUUACUUCAAAUACCCAGCGAUCCGUGUCAUUGUCUGCCAUAGAGUAGUCGAAAUCGAACACGACCAGUUGACGCGCCAUGUUCGGUGGACAAUGAAGAUAAUGAGUCUGACUCAAAUGUAUGAUUGACGUGAUCACAUUAGAUAAUCGAGACAACUUAUUGACGGGGUUCGCGUUGGACGCCUACAUGCAACAAACUACAUGCCCACUUCCACAACUGUAGCCGCGAAGGCAUCAUACAAAAAGCUAUCAGGAUUGUUAGAACUCACAGACACCCACCUUCAGUGGACGCAGGAUGGAAAGAGCCCUUCAGUUCGUGUGCCGCUCACGCAGGUUCACGGGCUUUUUUCCAGUAAAGAGGGCGCAGCGCAAGUGCGGCUGAAAAUAAGUCUGGUGGGCGAUGAUAACGGCCACAGCUUCGCUUUCACGUCACCGAAGGCUAUUGCGGAGCGAGACCGAUUCAAGGCGGAACUCACGACAGUUUUGAGUCAGAAUAGAGCCGCGCAAGAUGUCGCUGCCCGCGCGCCUGCUCCCGUCGCGUCCUCCCACACUCCAGCUCCCAUUGUUACUCCCAAAACACAGCCCGCGACCCCGACACCCCGACAACCCUCGGCGACCCCGUCGCGGGCCGUAUCUGUCUCGUCAAGCGACUUGCGAAAUGUGACGAUUAUACCGGGGAUCGACGCCGCGAUGGACCUGCGGUUGAGGAAGACAGUGCUGAUGAGCAACCCUGCACUCGCGUCACUGCAUCGAGACCUAGUGGCCAGUGGUCAGUUGACGGAAACUGAGUUUUGGGACGGCCGCGAGCAUCUUCUAUUCUCCCUCGCAUCUUCUGAAUCCCAACGCAAGGGUAAAUCCGGUCAAAUUGUGGAUCCUCGUCCAGAGACGGUCGACGGAGAGAUCAAGAUUGUCAUGACCCCUCAGCUCAUCCAUGACAUAUUCGAUGAAUAUCCGGUUGUUGCGAAAGCGCAUCGUGAAAACGUCCCUAGCAAGCUCACGGAAGCGGAAUUUUGGGCACGGUACUUCAAAUCCAAGCUGUAUCAUGCUCUGCGCGCUUCUAUCCGGUCGACUGAAGUACAACAUGUGGUACAAGAAGACCCCAUCCUGGACCAAUACAUGCCCAAGAUCGAUGACGGCCUAGAACCUAGAAACCAACGCAAUGAGCGAGUUGAACUCUUUGUCGAUCUUGGUGCUACGAACGAGGAUCAUGCUGAGACUGGGAAUGAAAAAGAUGUAACCAUGCUGCCGGGCAGGCAACGCGGUGCUCUGCCUCUCAUUAGGAAGUUCAAUGAACAUUCCGAACGGUUGUUGAAUGCGACGUUGGGUGACAUUCCUGCUGCAAAACGUCAGAAAAUCAACACCGACGGAGAAUACGGGCAAAUUGAUCUCGAUGAUCUGCAUGACCCUAGAGCUCUGAGCGGUAUCGAGCUUGAAAUGCAAGACAGGCAGCGGUACUUUGAGGGCGGAGUCUCUGCAUCCGAUACCGAGGCUGAAAAUGGACAGAGGCCAUUUGACUUGAGAGCCUCCUGCGAAAAACCCAAGCAGAGUUGAACAGCUGGGAGACAAACCUGAUCCAGCUUCAAGUCGACCGCAAGCCAGCUGACGGUGCUUUGUUAGCCAUGACAAAAAAUGUUGCGUCCCGGCUGGACGUCAAAGCGCGAAAAAAUGACAUUCCUCCCGCUGUGUUCCGCCAGAUGCAAAUUUGCCAAGCCGCAACGAACGAGUUCUUGAGACAGUUUUGGGGAGCUACCUAUCCGCCCAGCGCAGACCAAGUGAUCUCGCCGCAAACGCCGACACAACGAGCCGCUAAAGCCGCAAAGAUGAUGGAUAUCUAUACAAGACGCAGGAAAAAGUCGACGCGCUUGUCUCCAUGGGCCCAGGUCACAGUGUAGAUCCCCAGAAAAUUGAAAUUGGUUUGAAUCCAGUCCUGAAUGCGGCCAAACGCGCCAUAGCAUUCCAUCAUGCCAAGAUCUCGAAACCGACCCGCGGCUGAGAUGGAUUACCUGUAGCAUGCAUUAUGUAUCAUCCAUUGUAAUAUACAUACAUAUUCAUAAAGUCCUAAUACGGGUUUGGCUGUCUCUGCAACGGAGGACCCGAGCCGGUCGUGCACUCGUAAGUGGUGAACAUGACGAGCAGAUGUAGCCCCAACGUGUAGACAAUGAAGAAGGCGCGUGUUCGCCUGUUCCCGAGAACCCCUUUUGUGAGAACGAGAACGGCGCGCUCAAUGGGGUUCAGAUUCUGAUAAGCUCGCGUGGCUUCCUGCAGCUAAGAUCAGUCGGGCUGGAAAAACAUAGAGCAGGCGACUGACCCUUCCGCGGAAUGCUUCAAAGGGGUUGAUGGCUUGUUCAUACCUAGCUCUGUACUUGGUCAUGUCGUCCGUCCCCGACUGCGCUGGCAAUGGAUCCAGUUGCGACGUCACUGGUCGCGUGGCUCCUCCACCCUCUUCCCUGUAACUCUGCAUGUAGCGGACUUUUUCAUACAGCUUCAGGUUGUCCGUCUGAAGGUUUUUGAUCUCUGUCCGAAGCUCCGAGAUGAUCUGGAAUUGUUUGCGCAGUUCCUGCCACGCACGACUGGUUAAGCGGAAUCGUCCAGCGGGAAACUGAAGAGUCACACACCUCCUCUAAUUCAGCAUUCCGUUGACGGAAGCGAUCUCGUUGGCUCGUUACGAUAGGCAGGAUGGUCGUAUCGGCAGACGAGAAGGGGAUCGGUGUCGUUUUCACCGGUUGUUCCUGGCUCAUCAACAACUUUGGGACAAGAUGCCAUGCUGAGUCAACGCACUGGUUUCCGACCAAGAUCCAGACCGCCCAGAACAUCGUCCUCAUCCUUUGCUGCGUCUCCAUUUGUGUGCGAGUUCAUAGACAGAAGAUCAUUCUCCAGCUUCUCGUUGAGGAUCUGCUGCUUUCCAAUUCGCUGCUGGCCGUGGCCAAACUCGCCUCAGUGUCAUGCAACGUGGUCUCGAGUUCAGUGUGCAAGAUCUGAUCCAUUGAGCAGAAGAUCGAGAAGGUAGAUGUUAGUAAGCUGACCCGAAUCUUCGUCAGUUCCUCGAGCAGACGUUUAUUCUUGGUGGCCAACAGUCCUUCCAACGUGUUACCGGGCUCGGCAUUGGCCUUCUGAGCGUUCGGAUUCGGAAGUUUGAUCUCAGCAUCGCCAUCGUCGUCAUUGUCGUCAUCCAGACCGGCGAAUUCGACGUA